AUGCCAAGCACAGGAAUUGCCACAAUACGUGGAUAUGAUACAUGUUUGCAAACGACAAAAGUUCGCAGACGCUUGGGGAUUUGUCCGCGUGAAAACAUAUUGUUCAAAGAUCUCACAGUCUCCGAAAAUAUUUAUUUUUACUGUAAGUUAAAUGGAAUACAGAAAAAGCAAGUGGAGGCUGCAGUUAAUGGUUAUAUUAAUUUGCUGAACCUAAAAGAGGAGAAAAAUUUGGCUGCGAAAAAACUAAAUUUAGGCCAGCAAAAAAAGUUGUGCGUGCUUAUAGCUUUCUUUGGAAAAUCAAAAAUUGUUAUUUUGGACGGACCCACCUAUCAAAUGGAUACUGCUUCGAGAAAAUCAAUAUGGCGGCUAAUACUUCAGCAAAAAGAGGAAAGAACUAUUUUCUUGUUCACUCAUUGCAUCUUUGAGGCGUUCCAAUUGGGUGAUAGGAUAGCGAUUUUUAACGAUGGUAGCCUGAAAUGUAUGGGAUCACCUUUAUUUUUGAAGAAAAAAUUAGGAGCCGGCUAUCGACUUGUAAUAGUCAAGAAUAAAGAAUGCGACGUAGAUAAAAUAACUAAAAUGUUAAAGAAGCACAUACCCAGUAUAGAAACUCUUGAAAAUACGGAGAAUGAGUUAACUUACAUUAUAAUGGAAAAUCAGCAGUUCAAAUUUGAAAAAAUGCUUGGUGAUUUCGAACAAAAUCUUCAAGCACUUGGUGUAAGUAAUUACCAAAUUAAAUUGACUUCGAUAGAAGAAAUUUACGAAAGGUAUAUUUUAUUUAAUUAUUUAAAAGCUUAUUUAAAUUUAUGUUUCAAUUUUAGAGUUGAAAAUGAUGAGGCGCGUUCGGACAUGGGUAAAGAAGUGAGAGUUCACGCAAGAUACAUACACCACAGGGUGAAAAAAGAAACAAUUCUGGUGCGUAACCACAUCCAAGCGAUGUUUAUGAAAAAGUACUAUUAUACCUUCAACUCUUGGUGGACCCUUAUGCAGCUAGUUAUUCCUUUGCUGUUCCUGGGACUUACGGCCGGAAUUUUACUGAAUCUGAACCAAGAGCUGCCACCGAAACCCCUAAAACUUUACAACUCGACGCAAACGUUGGUGCACCUGGACCCCGAAAAUAAAGAUAAUAAAUAUGCAGACCUUUUGCUUAAACAAAUUCAGGAAGAAGGCGGCAAUGUUUUGUACACCAACAAUAUGACGGAAUUUUUUAUUGAGAUGUUAAGUGAUGACCGUGAUAAUUCACAAUAUCAGUACAUUAUGGGUAUAGAUUUUGUGAAAGGAGAGAAUAAUGCUGGUCAACAAGACAUUAUUGAUAUGAUUAUGUACUUCAAUACCAAUUUAUACCAUUCCUUGGGAAUAGCAGCGUCAUUUUUAUUUCUUGCCAUUUACCAGGUUGUUGGAAAAUGUCCAGAGUGUGAUUUAAGAUUUACCAACCAUCCGCUACCAUUUGACACAAAAUCAAGGAUGUAUGAACUUUCGACGAGUAGCUUUGGGUUUUCCAUGGCAUUGUUUGUUGGAAUGGGCUUUACUUUCUCGACUACAAUAUUCAUUGUAUUUAUCAUUGAAGAGCGCAUCUCAAGUUUCAAAAUCUAUCAAAAAAUAGCCGGCGUGAAAAUGUGGAUUUUUUGGAUGGUGACGUUCAUUUUUGAUUUUUGUACCUUUGUUUUUAUUUCGAUAGUUUACAUUUUAUGUUUGAGAUUUUUUCAAUAUACUGGAUUUACGACCUAUGCUGAAUUGGGAAGACUUCUAGCCUUGUUGGCCGCAUUUGCGUAUUCCGGCUUACCCACUUUGUAUUGGUUUGGAUUUUUAUUUAAAAAUGCCACCGGUGGAUUUGUUAAAGUUUCUGUUUUUAGCGUUGUAGUAUGCAUUGGCAUCAUCAUAUUUAAUCAAAUGUUAAUGACAUUCAAUAUGUUAGAACCACUUCAAGUCAUGCGUGGCGUCUUUGUAAUUUUACCACACUAUGCUCUCGGCGAGGGAGUACUAAAUCUUUGGUUGCUUUACUUUAAUAACAAAAUGUGCCAACUGCAAGCUGAAGAUAGAUACCAACAUUAUACCAAUAAAUUUUGUGAAGAUGGCGGCACUUGGAAUUUCGCCAUAAUGAGACCUGGAGUAGGCCUAAACAUAAUUGUUUGCAUGGUAACCGGCACAAUCCUGCUGGGGGCGCUCAUCAUCUACGACAGCGAUAUUUUCUUAUUUCGUUUAGGGGUGAGUGGGCUGGGUCCGGUACGGCCUCCCCGAGAAGACGUCGAUGUUAUGAAGGAAAAGCGAAAAGUUAGAUAUGGGGACAUCAUGGACUUGAAAUUCCAUCACUCGAUGGUCGUAAAAGAUCUUACCAAGUAUGGCCGCAAAAAUCGCUUGGUAGUGAACGGGUUGUGCCUGACCGCUGUGCAGGGCGAAUGCAUUGGAAUUGUGGGGUGUCCAGGGUCCGGCAAGACCACUUCUAUACGGAUGAUGACGGGCGACCUCAAAAUGACGCACGGCGAAGUUUGGAUAUUCGGCAGAAACUUAAAAAAAAAUUUAAAGAAGUUUAGAAAAACCGUCGGCGUGUGUCCGCAAUACUCUCCAUUACUAGGAAACUUAAGGGUGAUCUAUACGAUAAAAAUUCUGGGACUCAUUCGCGGCGUGAGAUUGCGCGACUGCGAGAAACUGAUUUAUAAGCUGACUGACGAUUUUGAUUUAGGCAACAAGCUGAGAAAGAGGUAUUUCUUUAUAAUGGAAUAUGUGCUGAAAAGUUGGGGUUUGGAAGAUCUCAUUCCCGUGUUUAAUGGUCUAGACCCGCCAUCGAAGAGAUUCAUUUGGAACGCCAUUGCAGAAAUGCGAUCCAAAGGUAGACUGAUUAUUAUCGCAUCGAAUAGCAUGGAAGAGUGCCAACUUCUGUGUACCCGCAUCGCCGUGAUGGUCAACGGGAACUUUAAGUGCCUCGGCACGAAAGAACGGUUGAUGGAAAAAUUCGUCGACGGCUACACGGUGAACUUGAGGACGACGGGGUCGUCGAUUCAAGCUGAGAAAUUCGUCAGGGCGCAGUUUCCCGGCGCGAAAUGCUUCGAGAGAAGAGGAGAAUGGCUUCUUUUCUACAUUGCCAAAACGAACUUGCCUUGUUCGGAGUUGUUUGGCAUCAUGGAACGCGCCAAACAAAACAAAAGUUUGAACAUCAAGGAUUAUACUCUGGGACACACUAGCUUGGAACAGGUGAGCGUUUUAAAAACGUUUUCAUUUUUAUUUGACAACAACACUCACCUGGGGCAAAAUUUGCCAAGUGUACGGUACAGGGCCGUGCGGUAG